GUGGCGCAGGUCGCAGAACCGUCGCGCGGCUCCGCAGUCGGUCGCUUUGCUCUCGGCCGUGGGUUCCUGGGGUCGCUGCGCAGCGGCGGGAGCAUUUCCGCAGCGGGUGUCGGGCCGCCGAGCGCCGUCUUCACCCAGCGCCAUGGCCGUGGCCGCUGUCGGCCGCCCGGGAGCCGCGCGCUGCCGGCUGUUGCGCCUGCUGUCAUUCCUGCUAGUGGCCGGCCCUGCGCUGUGCUGGAACGACCCUGACAGAAUCCUGUUGCGGGAUGUGAAAGCUCUUACCCUUCACUAUGACCGCUACACCACCUCCCGGAGGCUGGACCCUAUCCCUCAGCUGAAAUGUGUUGGAGGCACAGCCGGUUGUGAUGCCUAUACUCCCAAGGUGAUCCAGUGUCAGAACAGAGGCUGGGACGGCUAUGAUGUGCAGUGGGAAUGUAAGACCGAUUUGGAUAUCGCAUACAAAUUUGGAAGCACGGUGGUGAGCUGUGAAGGCUACGAGUCCUCUGAAGACCAGUACGUCCUCAGGGGUUCCUGCGGCCUGGAGUAUCAGUUGGAUUACACGGAACUGGGCCUGAAGAAACUGAAGGAGUCUGGAAAACACCAGGGCUUCUCUGAUUAUUAUCACAAGCUGUACUCUGCGGAUUCCUGUGGUGUUGGCGGGUUGGUUACCAUUGGGGUACUCCUUGCUCUUGCCUUUGCGGUGUAUAAACUGUUCCUCAGUGACGGCCAGGCUUCUCCUCCACCGUAUUCCGAGUACCCUCCCUAUUCCCAGCGCUAUCAGAGGUUCACCAAUGCUGCAGGAGCACCUCCGCCCGGCUUUAAGUCUGAGUUCACAGGACCACAAAAUACUGGCUUUGGGAGUGCUUUCACAGGACAAGGCUGUGACAGUUCAGGGCCAGGGUUCUGGACUGGCCUGGGUGCCGGAGGACUGUUAGGAUAUUUGUUCGGCAGCAAUAGGGCGGCGACCCCCUUCUCAAACUCAUGGUACCACCCGUCUUACCCUUCUUCAUACUCUGGCACCUGGAAUAGCCGUGCCUACUCUCCACUGGGUGGAGGUGCAGGGGGCUAUUCUGCAUCCUUCAGCUCAAAUGCAGACUCAAGGACCAGAACAGCGUCAGGAUAUGGCGGCACCAGAAAACGGUGAAAUAGGAAGCUGGAGGCAGACGUUGGAUACAGAGUUUCUGAUUUGUCAUCACCUUCUCUCUGUGGGAAUAGCCAACAGCUGUGUGGUGUUUUGUCCUUGUGUCGUUUCUCAUGUUCUCUUUGUGGCCAAGAGUUGACAUGUGACAAAUGCUUACGUUUUGUGUGGUAGUGUAACGUCUAGCUCAAAGUGGUGGCUGCUGAAAUUGUCCCGCUUGCUCCUAAGCCUGUGGUGCCAGAGACUGAACACAGCUAGCUUGAGCCGAGGGGCUUUGAUUGAUGGGUCCUUCCCUGUAGAAACAGUAAUCCUCUAGUUGGUAUUAAAACGUUUGGUGUUUGCUGUUCUUCCAACACGUGCCCAGCACUGGACGACUAAUCACACUGAUGUGUGGGUUCCAGCCUCUUGCCUGGCAGAGCUCGGACCCCUCCUGUGGUCCUGACAAGUGACUGCGCCCACAGGAGGGCUCGAGAUCACAGGUUUUCAGUUCUCAGGCGGUAACAUCACAUGCUUCAAAGCAAUCUGCAGUAGCAAAAGCAUGUACUUCUCUGAGUCUUGAGCUGUUGGGUGUCGAUGUAACAGUCUGUUUCAGCUUACAUUAAUGUGACAAUAAAUUUAAAAACCAGGAAGUA